AUGUGGCGCGAUCGCAUUUCAGGCCAAUCGACUCCCUCGGGUGCUCCUCGAAAUCCUUCGUUACCUCGUCGAUCCUCCUCUCAGCUCUCCCGUGACCCCUACAAUCGCCCUAGAGCCGCCUCCAGAAACUCGUCCACUUCUCUGCUGUUAACUCCGAGCGACUCGACGACAUCUCUUCCGGGAACAGGAAGACCUUCCAAUGGCGUAGGCCUAAGGCAAACAAGCGCGCAGCGAUCGCGCCCGGCUGUUGUACCUGACCCGUUGGAGGUAUUGAACGGGAUCAUUGGCAAGGAGAAAGAAAAGAAGCACAUUCCACAUUUAUCGACCGUGCCGGAUAGACCAAUAGAGCUGGUUGAGGCUAUUAAUUUUGACGGAUUGAGUCUGGAGGAGUUUGCGGUCAAAGCCGACCCGAUACCGACUCGAAAGGCACGGGGCAGUGAGAUCAAUGCUCAGACGGUUCAGCAAUUCGAACAGGAGCGAGACAAAUUCGAGGAGCUGCACACAUCAAUUGCCGGCUGUGACGAUGUGUCCAAGUCAGUGGAGCUGUAUUUGAAUGACUUCCAGACCGAGCUGGGGGCGGUGUCUGCGGAGAUUGAAACGUUGCAGACCCGCUCGACGCAGUUGAAUGCCAUGUUGGAGAACAGGCGCAAUGUGGAGAAGCUACUUGGCCCGGCUGUGGAAGAGAUCAGUAUCUCACCGAAAGCUGUGCGUACGAUCGCCGAGGGGCCCAUGGAUGAGAGCUGGGUGCGCGCCCUGAAUGAAAUUGAUGCUCGAACAAUGAGCAUCGAAACCAAAGCAGCUUCGUCCAAUGGAUUCAAGGCCAUUGAGGAUGUGCGCCCACUGUUGGUUGACUUAAAAAACAAGAAAAUGGGCAUUGGGCUGCAAUUGACCACGCGACAGGCGAUCGAACGCAUUCGUGAUUACUUGGUAUUGCAGAUCAGAGCAAUGCGAUCACCGAACAUCAACUCGCAAAUUAUCCAGCAGCAGCGACUACUGAGGUUCAAAGACCUGUACAGCUAUCUAUCAAAAGCCCACCCCAAACUUGCUGGAGAGAUUUCCCAAGCAUACAUCAACACAAUGCGCUGGUAUUACAAUUCCAACUUCACCCGUUAUCUCCAAGCACUCGACAAGAUCAAAGUUUACCCCAGUGAUCGAAAUGAAGUCCUCGGAGGUGAUCAUUCGCACCGGUCCGGCGGCCGAGCUGGCUCUGCCGCACAUGAUCCUUUCUCAUUAGGUCGACGCAUUGAUAUCCUUCGAACCGGAAACCAACAGGCAUUAUCCUCUUUCCUGGCCGAAGAAGAUAAUACAUAUCAUGGCAUCGAAGCGCCAUUCCGAAACUUCAAUGUCGCUCUAGUGGACAACAUAUCUGCUGAGUACUCUUUUAUGACUGAGUUCUUCUCUCCCCUGUCAUUCCACCAAAUCUCGCGCAAGGCCGUGGAAGUAUUUGAGCCUAUCUUUGCACUCGGCCAAAACUUGACCAAGAAACUUAUCGAGAAUACCACUGAUUCUCUGGGUGUUCUCAUGUGCGUUCGCCUAAACCAAAGAUCUGCAUUCGAGCUCCAACGACGCAAGGUGCCUGUAGCCGAUUCAUACGUGAACGGGAUCAACAUGCAGUUGUGGCCUCGCUUCCAGGUCAUUAUGGACCUACAUUCAGAGUCACUCAAACGGGUUGGCUCCAAUACCGGUCGCAGCGCGGUCUCCGCCUUAUCAAUCGCAGGCGGAGAUGAUUUGAAGAACUCAUCAGCCCCGCAUUUCCUCACGCAACGGUUUGGACAACUCAUGCAUGGUAUCUUGGUCCUAAGCAGCGAUGCCGGAGAUGAUGAGCCUGUGUCGAACAGUCUGGCCCGGUUAAGCACCGAAUUUGAUGCCAUGCUCGCCAAGCUGAGUCGAAAUGGCACGGAUGCAAAGCGCAGGGAGCGAUUCCUAUUCAACAAUUAUUCAUUGAUCUUAACCAUCAUUAGUGAUACCCAAGGCAAAUUAGCAGUCGAGCAAAGACAGCAUAUGGAGGAGAUGCUUAAGAACUGUAGCAAGCGUUAG